UACGUUUGCUUUCACAUAAUAACAUCCGUCAACAAAAAAAAAAAAAAAAACAGACAGAAAUAGACUGCGGUCAACUGUAUACACAUGGACAACAACCGGAAUUUGCAACAGAAAGAUUCACGAGCUAUAUUACCCGCCGUUGCAAAGAUUACAUGCACUGAGGGGUUAAAUGCUUCAGAUUGCGGAAAUCUCACUUUCUCUAUAGCGAAACUUGCUCUAGGGUAUAAUGGCACGAAAACACCAUCGGACAGCUUGUUAGAAAUGGAUUUCGAAUAUGAAUACGAUGACGAUACGUGGCCCUUGGAACGAAUCAUUUCAGCAAUAGUUCCCAUAUUCUUCGGUAUUAUUGGUUUUGCUGGCUUGUUAGGCAACGCUUUGGUAAUAUUAGUGGUGAUGGUUAAUCAACAAAUGCGGUCCACUACUAAUCUGUUAAUUAUCAACUUAGCGGUUUCAGAUAUAUUAUUUGUUAUAUUUUGCGUACCGUUCACAGCUACCGAUUAUAUGCUGCCUGAAUGGCCAUUCGGCGAUCCGUGGUGUAAAUAUGUACAGUAUAUGAUUGUUGUAACCUGUCAUUGUAGUGUCUAUACAUUGGUAUUGAUGUCCUUUGAUCGCUUUCUGGCAGUUGUACAUCCCGUGACAAGUAUGUCAUUACGUACCGAACGCAACGCCUCAAUGGCAAUAAUAAUGGCCUGGGUACUAAUAGUGACAACGGCGAUACCGGUGGCCUUAGCGCACUCGGUACGUUACUAUCAUUAUCGGGGCCGUCAUUAUACAGCAUGUGUGUUUUCAAGCGACAAUCAAAUGUGGAGUCAUCUGGGAUUUCAGCUCUCCUUUUUCCUAUCAUCGUAUGUGGCACCAUUGACAUUAAUUUGUUUUCUAUACAUUGGCAUGUUGGCGCGGUUAUGGAAAAGCGCACCUGGUUGCAAACCUUCGGCUGAGUCGCGAAAAGGAAAACGCCGAGUGACACGUAUGGUGGUUGUAGUUGUGCUAGCUUUUGCCAUCUGUUGGCUGCCAAUCCAUAUUAUAUUGGUGCUGAAGGCGUUGAAUCUAUACGUGAACACACAUGUAACUAUAAUUAUGCAAAUAUUUGCACAUGUCCUGGCCUAUACAAAUUCCUGUAUCAAUCCAAUUUUAUACGCUUUCUUGUCUGAUAAUUUCCGUAAGGCCUUUCGCAAAGUGGUUUGGUGUGGUAGUCCACCGCCCGUUAUUAUCAAUCAACAAGUUACUAAAACCACACGUACAGCAACCGGAAAUGAUACCUCGAAUAUUGAUAUGCUUUAAAAUGGCACCGAUGCUAAGAAACGUGUCGAAAAUACCCUGAUUAGAAACCCAUUCGCCUCCUUAUGAACGGUCAUAGCAAUGAUGGAAUGGAGAUCGCAGCAAUUUUGAUAUAUAUUAUAUAUAGAUAUUUUUCAACAGAUGGGAACAACAACAACAACAACAACAACAACAAAAAACAACUAUCAUUGUAGAGCUGUUCGAUAGUAUGAAGUAUUUGACCAACAUUUGGAAACUUAAUGCCCACUCAGUUGCACCUCUAUACUUAUCACAAAAAGUUACACUUUUGCGAACUAUGUGUAUGUAAUACCAACAAAAAAAAACAAAAACAAAACAAACAAAAAAGACCCAACAACCAUGGUUUUCUCUGUAUGUACGACCAGGCAAACUACAAGUAAUUUUACAUUUGUAACAAAUUUAGCGACUAAGUUUUUUGUACAUCCGAGUAUCUCGAUUGUUAUUAGGUUAAAUUGUCCUACAUAAAGAGAAAAACAUAAAGUUAUCUUCUAAAAGCAUCGUAAUUCAAAAUCAGUUUAUGUGAGUGUAAAAAAAGGGGCAAGAAUACUUUAGGGUGGCUUUUAGAUACCUACCCAGAUUAUACAAUAGGAACUUGCUUAAUUUUCGUUUAUACUAUACACGCAUUUAAGCGAAUCGGCUGAGAUAUAAUAUUUUUUAUUUAACUCGGAUUAAUAUGCGUAAAAUGCGUAAAUUUAUUUAUAGAUAAAGAUAUCAGGUAUGAAGAUUUAUGUAUGUUAGUUAUAUGAGUAUUUUUUCUAAUAUUUUCUCUUUUGUUCUGUUCUUAUGGCUGAAUUUAGCUCACGUUUACAACGUUGAUUUCUAAGCAGGGUUGAUUUCCAAUCACCUGAGACUAUAUAUUAUAUGCCAUAUACUGCAAGGGUUUCCCUUUUAAUGGACAGCUAUAUGAGCAAAGAGGGCGACGAAUCGAGCGAAAAUUUCAAUCAUUUAGGUUUUCUAAUUUCCUAAAUGCAUGUACAAAAUAAUUUAGUUGGUUCUUCUUUGUUAGUGGAUAUAAAAUCAUUGUUAUUUCAAACUAACUGAUAUAUAUGUACACAGGGCUCAUUAGUUUUAAUUCAGCUAAACCAAAAUCAUUAUAUAGGGCCUAAUUAAAAACACUUUUAUAUUUGUGUAAGUUAUGUCCAUUAUUACUUAGUCU